CCCCACGUAACACCAAAAGAAGAAGAAGCUUCUCCGACACACACAUCCCAGCUGCUCUCUCUGCCGCUGUUUCACUCAUUACCUUGGAUAUGAAUAUUGACAGAAAUGUGGAUUUAGUGGAUUUGAGCAACGGCCUCGAGAAUGUUCCUGUUUUUACUGAACGGAGUUCAGCCGUAAUGACGUUUCCUGAAUUUCAGUGUCCCAGGUGACUUUGAUAUUGAGCCAGCAUGUUCAAUACCAGGACCCUGACACUGCAGCAGAUGGAGAGAGCCAUCAGCCAUCAUGCACUUUAUCAUUCAGGGGAGACCGGGGAUGGUUGUAACAGCACCACUUUCACCAAGAGGGGAUGACAUAUGAGUCAUUAUUCCCCAGAUAAUGUUCAGGGACCAGGUUGCACCAUUGACCCCAGUGAAGUAACCCUUCCUGGAUGCUCCUGCCUCUCCCACUCCUGCUUUACUGAGAGCUGCUCCUGCCUGCAGACUCAUGGGCAGGCGUACGACAGCGCAGGCACACUGCUGAACCUUAGCAGGACGGACUCUGGCUACUGCUCACCUGUGUUUGAGUGCAAUGCCCUUUGCACCUGCAGUGAUGCCUGCUCUAACCGGGUGGUGCAGAGAGGGCCAAGACUCAGACUAGAGGUUUACAGCACCGAGAACAGGGGCUGGGGAGUAAGAACAUUAGAGGCAAUCCCACAUGGGACAUUUGUGUGCGAGUAUGCAGGAGAGGUGAUCAGUUUUGAGGAGGCCAGACGCAGACAGCUCGCCCAGAGAUCUGAGGAAAAUAACUACAUCAUUGCCGUAAGGGAGCAUGCAGGUACAGGCUCUAUCACGGAGACAUUUGUGGACCCUGCCAUGGUGGGAAAUGUAGGCCGGUUUCUCAACCACUCCUGCCAGCCCAACCUGUUCAUGCAGCCAGUCCGUGUGCACUCUGUGGUUCCCAGGUUGGCGCUGUUUGCUGGACGGAACAUUGAUGCGCAAGAGGAGCUGACGUUUGACUACUCCGGAGGAUACAGUAAUCAACCACCUGUAGAGAUGCUGUCCACACAAAAUGAUGCUGCCAGCAGGACAGAUGGACUCCAGAGGAAAGAGUGCCACUGUGGUGCCAACAACUGUGUUCAGUUUCUCCCAUUGGAUUUAUCGAUUAUCAAGUGAAGUAAAUGAAAUUAAGUGUCAUAUCAUAUUUGUUUUUAUCUGAAUGUAUAAAGAUGGAUUCAUUUCUGAGAGAUGAAGAAAAGAUUUUUAUCAAA